GUUGGUAGCGUCGGGCGUCGCGGGGCGCGGCAGUGUUGGCUGAGUAGUCUGGUGAGCAGGUAGUAGUCCGGGACGUAGUGGUAGCCCGUGAGAGCAGCUCCGCCCCUCCGCGACGUGUGUUGUUGUCGUGUGUCGAGCGAUCUGAGAGCCGGCCGCCGUGUGGCGCCGUCACCCACUCCUCCGUCGCCUCCUUCAGCUCUAGCGCCGCCGCCGCCGCCGCCGUCGCCGUCGUUGCCGCUCCUCGAACUCUGCACUCGGCCGCCCAAGUGUGUGUGCGUGUGCCGGUGCCCCGUGCCAUUCCUGCUGGCGCUGCCGCCGCAACUGCCAGCGCUGCAAGUGCGCCUGCUGCUCCUGCUGCUGUGUCGUGCGUAUAGUGUGGGCGCCGCCAGAGUCGGGCGGUGGCGCGAGGGACGGACGUAAGGUGAGCUUGUUGCCCCGCACCUCUCCUCUCCCGCCUAUCUUCACGCCAUGGAAGAUUCUGCCAGCUUCAAGGUGAGCGUGGAGUCUUGGAUGUCAGGCAUGAUUAACGGGAUGGACUCUUGCGCCCAGAACGGCACCGCCUCCUCCAACUCCUCCCAGAGCGGCCACAUUGAGGAGUCCAAGACAAACCUCAUCGUGAACUACCUGCCGCAGAACAUGACGCAGGAGGAGAUCCGCUCCCUGUUCUCGUCCAUAGGCGAGCUGGAGUCGUGCAAGCUCAUCAGGGACAAAGUCACAGGACAGAGUCUUGGCUACGGAUUUGUAAAUUACGUCCGGCAGGAUGACGCCGAGAGAGCCAUCAACCAGCUUAACGGCCUACGUCUUCAGAACAAAACUAUAAAGGUGUCGUACGCCCGCCCGAGCAGCGAAGCCAUCAAGGGCGCCAACCUGUACGUGUCGGGGUUGCCCAAGUCCAUGACGCAGCAGGACCUGGAGGGCAUGUUCAGGGCCUACGGCUCCAUCAUCACCUCGCGGAUCCUGUGCGACAACAUCACCGAGAACAUCACAAGAAGUGCACAUAUCUACAAGACGAAAGACUGUCAACUGACUAAGAUGCGCGGGAGUGACGUCACUGCGCAGAACCUGCUUGCCCGCAUUGUCUGA